UCUUUAGAUCGACUGUCUAAUAUCUGAUACGGUUUUAGAUCAAAAACCCUAAACCCUAAACGUAGCCGGAAGAAUCUGAAACAACACCCCUCUGGCACUGCAUCUGCAACGUGUUUCGACUCCACAGGCGACAUCAAGAUAGAAGUGAACUGAGAAUGGUACGGCCUUAUGGAAUAAAAGGUCAUAAGCGAAAGAGGAGAGAGGAGAACUAUGAGAAAGAAGAAAUAGAACAAGUAGUUGAGGAGACAGCAGGAACAACAGAAAAAUCAAAGACAGCAGCUGCCACGCCGGAUGAGGAGAAAGCAGGGGAAGUCGUACAUGAACUUGCUGGUAUUCCAAUUGUCCCAUGCGAUCAGAGCACCAAGACGGGGGUUAUUUUCAUUCUUGAGAAGGCUUCUUUGGAAGUUGGAAAAGUUGGAAAGAGUUACCAGCUUUUGAACUCGGAUGAUCACGCUAAUUUCCUGAGACGAAACAAGGAGAAUCCUGCUAAUUACAGGCCUGACAUUGCUCAUCAGGCUAUCCUAACAAUUUUAGAUAGCCCAGUAAAUAAAUCUGGGAGGCUACGAGCUUUGUAUGUUAGAACGGAUAAAGGUGUUCUUUUCGAAGUUAAGCCGCAUGUUCGUAUUCCAAGGACAUAUAAGAGGUUUUCUGGUAUCAUGUUGCAGCUGCUACAAAAACUUAGUAUAACUGCUGUUGGCAAGCGUGAAAAGCUUUUGCGUGUGAUCAAGGGACCUGUAACCCAAUAUUUACCCAUCAACUCUCAGAAAAUAGGUUUCUCACAUAGUUCAGAAAAGUUGGUUGAUAUGAGGGACUAUGUAGCUGCUGUUAAUGAUGAUGUGAACCUCGUUUUUGUGGUUGGUGCAAUGGCCCAUGGGAAAAUUGAUAAGGAAUAUGUAGACGACUUUAUAUCAAUUUCCGACUAUCCACUGAGUGCAGCAUACUGUAUUUCAAGGGUUUGUAAUGCCGUGGAGCAGAAAUGGAAGAUAGUGUAAACCCAGUCGUUUUCCUCCUUUUACUUGAUGUAAUAAAUUGUCUGUCGAUGUUAUACUUGAUUUGUUAUUUAUUUGACGAUCUUUUUGGCAUUUUGAUUCAAGGAAUGAGUUUUCCAUUA